AUGGCAUGUCCCGUGAUUAAUUACAUGAAUGGCUUUCUAAACGCCAACACGGAUUCGCACUUACGCUCGCCGGCGAACUACGGCCUGAUGGAUCAGAUCGCGGCGCUGCACUGGGUGCAGGAGAACAUCGGCUACUUCAGCGGCGAUCCGGGGAACGUGACGCUGAUAGGUCACGGGACCGGGGCCGCCUGCGUUAACUUCCUGAUGACCAGCCGUGCCGUGCCCGAUGGGCAGCUGUUCCAUCGGAGCGUUCUAAUGUCUGGCAGCGCGCUUUCUCCGUGGGCGCUGGUGAGAGGAGCCGCAAAUUACGCUCUGCAAGUUGCCAAACAUCUAAAUUGCUCGUGGGCCGCGGGUGAUCCUCAAGCGCUGCUCAGAUGCCUGAGGCAGGUGCCGCUGAACGCGCUGGUCUCGGUGCCCGUAAAAGGGCUGGAAUUCGCACCCGCAUUCGGACCGAGCAUAGACGGAGUCGUGAUUGAUCCGGGCGAUCCCGAGGAUCAGGAUUUUACCCUGCAAGUGGACACGAUCAAUACCCUGAACAACAUCCUGCUGAGGAAGGACGUCGUGGCCAAACUCUCGAGGUACGAUCUGAUGAUCGGCGUUGUCCGUUCGGAAGCUUAUUUCUCUCUGACGGCGAACGACGCUCAAUACGGGAUCGAGGGCGACAGGAGGACAAAAAUCUUGCGGGAAUUCGUACGCAACACGUACACGUAUCAUCAGGCAGAGAUCCUGGCGACGAUAAUCAACGAGUACACGGACUGGGAACGGCCUGUGCAACAUCCGGUGAACAUAAAAGAUGAAACCCUCGAAGCUUUGGGAGACGCGAACACCGUGGCGCCGGCUACGAGAACGGCGGACCUUCACAGUCAGUCCCAUCAGAACUCGUAUUUAUACGUGUUCGAUUAUCAAACCAAGUUCGGCGAUUAUCCUCAGAGAUCGGGCUGCAUACAUGGCGAGGACUUGCCGUAUUUUUUCGGAGCACCGUUGGUAGGCGGCAUGUCCCACUGGCCGAAGAACUACACGAAAGCCGAGAUAGCCUUGUCAGAGAGCGUGAUACUCUACCUGACGAACUUCGCACGCACCGGGAAUCCGAACAAGGGCACGCCGGACGUCGGGCUGAGACCCGAGAGAACAAAGUUCAAGAACAUCGAUUGGGUCGCCUACGAAGCGGUGCACAAGAAGUAUCUGAGCAUAGGUGAGACUGAAAUUGAGUUUCUCUCAA